UCUCUUUCCGAACAGACUCUGCUACGAUUUAAAUACCACAGCUACGAGAGAGAAUAAAAUAAGGCCCCACAAUUAUAUUGCCUGAGUCGUACCAUACGUAGUAUCUUCUUAGUAGUUUGUGGUCGUACCGUACCGUUGAGCCAUCUUGUAGAAUCGAUUAUUAUUUGCAUACCGACUCUUGUCCGAAGCCAACCUCGUUAACGCUCCAAAACGUCACAUUGACAUAUGGCAGAUUCAAAUUUAUUUCUUUUCUUCGCACGGUCCGACCUUCCUUUCUCUAUACGAAUUUUAGUUGAAAAACUCACUUUCACCUUAUUGUCGCGAUUUAAAUUAUAUCACGCGGCUCGAAUUCCUACCUUGCUCAGUGCUACAAUUUUCGCUAAUGGUUGUUUAACUAAAAUAACUUAAAAAGUAUAAUAGAGAUAUCUUGUAAAUUAUACUAUUUAUUUUCUAUUUAUCGUAUUGAUAAGGAUGUAGGGCUGUGAUAAGAAGUGUGCUGAUGGUAAACAGAAGAUAUUGGAGUUUUAAUUGAUACAAGCAGAAUCAUAACCACCAGCCAUGCAUAUGUGGAUGUGGUUCGGCUACGACCUCGGGCCUUUCCUGUUCAACGGGCUGGACAUCACCGCGCGCUGGCAGUUCGCCGUCACGUGGAUAGUGCUGUUCGUGGUCGCGGUGCUGUUUGAGGCCUCUAAGGUAUACCUGGCGAGAGUGCAGCGUGCCGCCCAAAAACAGCUGUACCCAUACAGGUCUGACGAGCGACGGAAUCUGCUGUGCCGGGAUGUCCCCGUCGAGCCUGGCACCAGUCGUAACGCCAGUCACGGACAGGUCGGGAGAUGGGCGUCCUUUUGGACCAGAAUGCUGGUGAACACGCACCAAACCUUCGUGUUUGUUCUCCACAACACCGUGGGCUAUCUCCUGAUGUUGGCAGUAAUGAUUUACAACGUGGAACUGCUCUUGUCAGUGGUGCUUGGUAUGAUGACAGGUUACUUUCUCUUCGGCUCGAAGCUCACCCGUCUUCAAAUGCAGUGUUUUCGUACAAAGCGCGUCGUGAUAUGCACUCCGGAGUGCGACGACACAGCUGAAAGCUCGACGCCGCCGCUGCUAGACGCGUCCCUUACCACGGAAUCCGACUACUUCAUCUGCCAGACGCGCACCUGCAUCCAGCCCUCCCACUAUUUCCGCGCCAGCACCUCCCAGGACCAACCCCCCAGCUGCCAGUUCGGCGCCACAUGCCCUUCUAAAGUCGCUAAAGCUAGGUCCUUACAAAAACGGUGUCACGAGGAGGAACCUAUAGAAGACGCCCAGUCUAGGGAUUCCUGCUGUAAAGAAAAAGUGGAGGUACACCAGCCUUCUAGCUCUUGCUGUAAGGAAGAUACCCCAGAACAGGUGAGAGAGGAUAGUCCGAAGAUAACUUGCUGCAGCGCUAAGGCGACACCCACUGAUAGUCAGGAGCAGAUCAUUUGAUAGCUUUUUGAAAUGGUUUUGUGUACUGUUUAGAGUUUGGUCUGAUCCCCGAAUUGUUAUUAAUAGUUUUGAUUAUGUAAUUUUUGACAAAUUGGAUUUGUUAAAGGACUGUUGAUACAUUUUUUAGAGCAAAAAUUAGGUAGAGAAUUUAGUUUUUUAUUCAAAGUAGCUAGUGUUUGAAAGUGCCGUCCGAAAACUAAAGAUUGGAUGUGGACAAACUCUACAGUUAAUUUAUGGGAAAAAUGAGAAUAGGAAUUUAUUGAUUUUAGUUUUUGUUAUUUACUUGAAAUUGAUUCAUAAAAGUAUUUUUAUAAAAUUAUUUGCAGCGCACAAUUUUGGCCAACGGCGGUAAUGCUGCGUCCACACAUAAUCUACACUAUUUGUAAAUAGUGAUAGUUAAUAUAGUGAUGUCUCUUUCAGUUCAUUUUAAUAGCUAGAGAUGUCAUUAUACACAAG